CUUAAUAGUACAGUCUGAUUUAAACAUGGCGACAUAGAGUUCGAAAAUCUAAGCGUUUGAAAAGGAUUCAGUUCCCUGCGCACCCCCUUUUUUCUAAUAUCAAACACUUUGACAUUAACCGAAGGACGGCGCAGACAUGUCCAGCGACACGGAGCAGUGGGAGAAGGUGUUUGAGAGAAACCGGUUCGUUCUCCCGCCGAGCCAGACGGUCCGCCGGGCGGUGGACCGCCACCUCACGCAGUCCAGCGGGUUCCAGCUCAGCCUCGGCCGGCUCGCAGCUCCCCACCUCCUCCAGGAGACGUCAGAGGGACAGGAAGACCUGGACUACCAGCUUCGAGUGACCUUCUUUGAUCACAAACAACAGCACUUCUUUGGGAGAACAUGGAAGACCACUCCGCAGUGUAUGAAACACAACAAAAUCUCCUUCAAUAAGGUCGUGUACUUUCAUACGUCUCUGAAGUUGCCCGGCACGAUGUUGGUCCUGGAGCUCGUUUCUCUGUCACCCAGGCCAGACGGAUCCCAGCAGGCCGUGGGGCAAGGCCUCACUGUCCUGGACCUUUUUGCCAACAGAGCAGAGGCUCAAGAUGCAGAUGGGAACAGAAGGCUGAACCUCUACCAUGGAUCACCUAGAGGCUUCCUUCACCCCCUGGUAAAGGACAUGGUUGGCUGCGUCGGUCUCCUGAAGGCCAUUGACGGCGCACAUUUGGACUGUGUGAUAAGAAGCCAUCCGGCUCUGGCCUCCGCCAUGCACCUUCUCCCACAGAACGUCGUCGUCUCCGGUGAUGAGAACAUCCCCGGCCUCGUAGCUUCUCCAACAGGUGAUGCUCUGCUCAGGCCGCACACGCUCAGGAUGCUGCCCUUCACCCUGAACAGACUGACCAUCUCCCUCCAGCCCUCCCUGGAGCAGUUCGAAAGCCAGCUGCUGCAGCUGAUCAAUGCUGACUGCCGCAACACAAAGCAGCCGCAGCCAGAUGGAACAGCGCAGACGUUCGUCAUCCAGGAAAGGAGGCUCCACGUGGGCGUUCACAACGGCUGGUGUUUCCUUGACAACCCCCAAGUGGUGGUCCUGGAGCCGCAGGCGUCGAGGGUCCGGGCCCGAGCGGACAGCACCUCCAGACGGGGCAGCCCGCUUAGGGACAGCACCGUGACGUCAUCCCUCCCUCACGUGUUGUGCCUUCGCAGCAGCCUGGAGGUCAAGCUGGUCAAUCAUCAGGCCUUGGCCAUUGUCUUCCAGCUGGAAUACGUCUUCUCUACUCCAAUCGGACGGGAGACUACGCUCUCUGCCACUUUCACUUCGCGAGCAGCCUUCCUGCAGUGCCUUCGCUGGGGGAUUUGGUGCCCCUUCCAGGAGCCAGCUGACUGGAAGGGAAAAGAGAUACAGCUUGAUCUGCGAGGAGGCGCGCAGUCAAACCCUUACGGAGUCAUGGUCUACGGCGCCGAGGCAUCUGCCAGAACUCGGAGCCCCGCGCUCCUCUCACCUUCAGGCACCGCGCAGGUCUCUGACGUAAAAGACACAAUGAAGUUUCGGCUCUUGUCCUCUCUGGAAGGAACGGCAUCCAGUCCCAAGGCGUCGCUGAGAUCAAAGCAGACUCCGAGAAGAUCACCUCCAUCCUCCCCACACCGUGGGACACCAGCUUCUCCUCCAGAAUCACCUCCAGAACCAGGGCUCUCACUGUCUCAGCUGGCAGCGACUUCACGCUACCCGACCAUCAGCCACUCCAGCUCGGCGUUACCGUGGCAACAGUCGUUUCCUUCUCUGCUCCAUCCUUACCCGUUGGCAUCAGCCCACCAGCUGUCACAUGUCGCCUGUUCAGCUGUCAGCAGCAUCGCCCACCUGGAGGUGGACUUUCAGCGUGAGGGGGAAGCGUCGCCCUCGGCGCCAGAUGAGGGAGACCAGCUACGGGAGCUGCCCUUCGCUCCCGUCCACGCCCCCGUCAUCACUCUGGGGGUGAAUGUGCCCAGCUCCGGCCCAGUCAGCUCCAGGAGCUCGCUGGCCCGGCUCCACUCGGCCGGGUUCCCUGACAUCCAGGACUGCAGCGGGCAGGUGGCAGAAGUCCUGGACCCCACGGAGCCCGUGCCCUUUGACCCCCUGCACGAAGAGGCCGACGCUCUGCGGGGAAACCUGGUGGUGUUCCAGUUCCUGGCGUUUACCAGGAUGCCAGUGGCAGGUGUUGGUCACGACUGGCCUGACAACAUCUAUUUCACCUUCCAGUUUUAUCGCUUUCCUCCAGUCACAUCACAGCGGCUCAAGCUACUGACCAGUGACAAGGUUCACCAUAAAACUAGUGAUCCACCUUCCUGCAUCCUGGCCUCUAUCAACAAUGACGGCAGUGUCAACUCCGGCUCUCCAGGUCUGCAGGUGCAGUUCAGAGUGGAUGACAGCUUCCUGAGGCCAGGAGAGAAGCGCUGGUUCCUUCGCUAUCUGGCCCUGCAUACCAUGCACAUCAGCGUCUGGGACAGCAGCUCAUUGCUCCUCAUAGGCUCCACUGCCAUCGAGCUGAAGUACUUGUUGCGACAGGGCAAAUCAGCGGUGCAGACCCUCCAUGAGGUGGAAGUGCUGACCACAGAUUACGUGGGAGACGACGCCUUGCUGACGAGCGCAGGUUUGGGCCAUCGAUCGCCCUCCGGCUCCAUGACGGUGCACACCGUUGUCAGGGGCAGGCUGCACAUACGGACGGGCAACAUAGGGUGCCCAGCUGAACCCCGCGGGGGGAGGACGGCAGACGCGACCUCGUCUCCGACUCACAUCAUCGUACCUUCCAAAGCCACCAGUGCCUUCAAAGGAGGAAGCCUGUCCUCCAGAAACCUCCUCCAACACAACGCGAGGAACCGCUCGCAGCCGGACAGACUGGAGUCGGACUGGGACCCGGUGCCGACGGGACGCGACCCGAACGGGCCGGACGGCGAGCUGAGGCACAAGCUGCGGCGCAUGGCGGCCGUGCGUCAACGGGAGGGCGAGGAGGACGUCAGAGCGGCGAAGGUCGCGCUGAGGUCAAACGAUUCACUUGAGCCGACCAGAGGAGCGGAGCUGAAGAGGGAACUCCACCCGACCGAAGCCAGGGAGCGGAGCAAGGCCGAGCGCAUCGCCAGCAUGCUGAGCUUGGCCAUCACCACCCAGCAUCUGCUCUACGCCAGCCUGGGCUCGGCCGAGUACGUGGAGUUUGCUCUUCGGAACCCCUUCAACGUGCCUCAGACCGUCACCAUCCACAGCGACGACGCGGAGCUCAGUGUCAUCACUGACACAGAGGAGUGGCGUUACUUCAAAGCUCUAACCAAAACUCAUACUCCACUGGAGGAGAAUAUGUUCCACUUAGAGGACGGUGCCGCCGGUCCCAGGGUUUACCUCAGGCCCAAAGAGAGUGUCUACAUCCCCCUGAAAUACCAGAGCUUCCUCUGCGACCACACCAUGGCCCCUCAGGGACCGAGUUUUCUACCUGCAGGCAAAGGUUCUCAGGUGGCCAAGAAGAAGCCUUCCAAUUUGGUUGCUGGCAAAACUAUAAAGGUUACAUUCAAAGCAGAGGAUGGGAAGCCGAUGGCCGUCUGCCAGCUGAACGUGGAGCCGACCCCCCACGUCGUGGACCAGACCUUUCGACUUUACCACCCUGAGCUCACGUUCCUCAAGAAGGCCAUCCGCCUGCCGCCCUGGCACAACCCCGCAGUGGAAGAGCAAGACGUGGGGACCCGGGUCUUUGUGCGCUGUAGUGACCCUAACAUCAUCUGCCAAACGAGGAAGCUGGUGCCAGGGGAGCCUCAGGAUGUGUUUCUGAAAGUGCCAGGGAGUCCCAGUCCAAACAUAAAAAUGUUCUUUGUGAUGGUUUUCACUGAUAAGUGGAUGGCAGCGCCCUCUCAGGUCUGGCAGAUUUACGUGCAUUUCCUGGAGCGGGUGGAUGUCAGCUGCGUGACUGGCCAGCGGACCUGUCAAUCACUGGUGCUGAAGGGAAAGCAGGCUGUGCGCAAGGUCCAAUGUUUCUCAUCCAAACCCAAGGAGAUCGAGGUGGACCCAAAAGGUGUGUUUGUGUUGCCCCCGGCAGCCGUGCAGGAGCUCCAGCUCAAAGUGCAGCCGUGGCGCGUCGGCAGCCGCUUCGUGUACGUGAAUGCGGUGGAUGUGGAGCAGCGGCGGCUGGUCGCUGCCUGGCUGCUGUGCCUCAACGUCCACCAGCCUGUGCUGUCCAAGGCGUUUGAAGUGUGUGUUCCAGCCGGUAGCAAGCGAGGCAGCUCAAAGAAAAUCACCUACACCAACCCGUACACCAACAGCCGCACAUUCCUGCUCCGCUCCGACCAUCCAGACCUGCUGCAGUUCAAAGAAGAUGAAUUCCAGAUCGACGGGGGGGAGAGCUACACCAUCGGACUGAGAUUUGCUCCAAGCCAGAGUCCCGGCUCAGUGGAGAUCCUGGUCUAUGUGAACAACGUCGAGGAGAAGACGGAGGAGACCUUCUGUAUCAGACUCAGCUACUCCUGAACCCACGCUGCUUCAACUUUUCUACCUUUAUAUUUGAUUACCUAAACUGGCGGAGACAUAACGUUUUUAUUAUAAUAACUAUUUUUUUCAGUUGUUAAUAAAGUGAAAGUCUAAAUAAAAACUUUUUGCCUUGAUGUGCUU